AAAGACGGAGGGAAAAAUCAUCGGAAUCGUCUCUCGUAAUUCUUGUUCUACGGAUAAAUAUUCCUUUCCGAUUACAAACGCCAAUUGAGGAGCGUUCCACGAUCCUGAAUUCCGCCGAAAAUCGUUGUUAAUCUCGUGCAUCCUCAAUAACAGGAGCAAGAUGUUGAUGCCCAAGAAAAAUCGUGUUGCAAUCUAUGAAUACCUCUUCAAGGAGGGAGUUAUGGUAGCGAAGAAGGACUUCCAUGCACCAAAACACCCCGAGCUGGAGACCAUCCCCAACCUAGAGGUCAUCAAAGCAAUGCAGUCCUUGAAAUCCAGAGGUUAUGUGAAGGAACAGUUUGCCUGGCGGCACUAUUAUUGGUACCUGACAAACGAAGGUAUUGAGUUCCUUCGUGGGUACCUCCAUCUCCCACCAGAGAUUGUUCCGUCUACGCUGAAGAGGCAACCUCGCCCAGAAACAGCGAGACCAAGGCCAAUCUCAGGCGGAAAGACUGAGUCCAGACCAACUGAGGAUCGGGCGGGAUACAGGCGUGGACCAGGUGGUCCACCAGCUCCUGGAGACAAGAAGGCGGAUAUCGGCCCUGGUACUGCGGAUCUCGAAUUCCGUGGUGGAUUCGGUCGUGGCAAGGCUCCACAGUAAUCUAUUUCAUUUGUAUAAUGUAAAAUAAACAAAAAAAAAAUUUAAAA